UGACAGAUAGAUACUAGCAGGAAAAGAAAGUAUCAGCAGCUACCAUUCAACACACGCAUAUACAGAGUGAGUGAUCAAAAAUGAUCCGGCUGCUUCUGGGAUGGACACUGCUGACAGGGACAUUAUGGAGUCUAGGUUCAAGCCAGACCCUACUACAAGAACAAGUCAAAGUUCUCUACCCUAAGAUCAAUGAUUCUGAAACUGUUGAGUGUGAAUGCUUCAACGUCUCCUGUGACUAUGUGUUCUGGUUCCGUAGUCCUCACAACACUGUGACGUUCGAGUACAUAGGGAGAUCCAACAACGCGGACCGUGAUGCUUACAGCAAUGAUUUGUUCAAAUCUCGCUUCAAAAUCAGAAAGAGGAGCGGGGUGUCCUACACUUUACGCAUCAACCGAGUUACACAGGAGGACACAGGGAUUUAUUCUUGUGUCCUAAAAGACAACAGAUACGCAGAGGUGUGGAGGCCUGGGGUUCUGCUUCUGCCAGGAGUGAUCCCCCCAACACCGCCUCCAAAGCCUAAACCCAAACCACCACGCUCAGGCUGCAAAUGCAACAAAAAGAAUCAAAAAUCAGAUGAGUGUGGCUCCAUGGUUCUGUGGCCGUUGGUCGGACUCAUUGCAGGCCUUUCUGUCGCUAUCCUCUGUACACUGUACUACUUCAGCCGGCUUCCCAAAAAAUGCCGGCACCACUUUGCGAAGAAAUGACCAAAGCACCACUUGUACAUCCUACAUUUAACUUAAAUGGCUGAAGUGCAUCACUGAAACACAUCUAUGAAUUGCAAAGAACAUGAGAAGAAUCAUCCUGAAGAUUUUGUCUUUUAACAUCUUUUAACGCGUUCAUGUCUGAGAUGUUUUGAUGUCGACAGUAACAGCAGCAGUGAUGUAUCAUAGUGACAUAAUGAGCGUCUUCUGUUACAUGAGGACGCUCCAGUUUGGUAAAUCCACAGCCAUUCUGAAUAUUAAUGUUUUACAGCUUGUAAAUAUCCUUUUGCUUUGUAGAUUAAACAUUUUAAGCAAUUUAUGUUCAUUUAUUGAAGUGUUCUUUCUCCAUUUACCACAUUAAAGGCGAGGACUUUCCUUCUCUGUAGUUCCAUACAUGUGAUGUUCUUUAAAAUGGAUGUGUGGGGAAUUAUCUGACUGUUCUUUGAUUUGCUUUUGCUGUUUAUUAUAUAUAUAUAUUUAUGAAAUCACUUUAUGCAGGCAUUUUAUGGGUGGUGGUGUUUUUUUUUUUCAGGUAAUUUCCUGGAAAUUCCUCCCAUAACUUGUGCAAAAAUUUGUUGUUAUUUACUUUUUAAUGGCUUCCAGGUCUGUGCAAUUUCACUAAAAUGAAAGUAAAUACAGUGCUACAGUUCAUUGCAUUAUAUAAAAGGGCUUUAUUAGUAUGAUUUGAUCAUUUGAACAUUUCUAAAAACAUCCAUCAGCAAUAUGACGGUGAAAUAAUAUCAUGCAUAACAUAACAGUGUGAUUUUUUCAUAGAUCAUUUUAAUAAGUGAAUGUUUUUGGCUCCAAAGUGAAUCAUUUCUGUUAAAUAUGAAACUCUAAAGGAUGAAUAUUUCAUUUGUCCAUUUAUUCCUACAGGCAUUGGACUUCUACAGCCAAUAACACUGUAUGCAUUUUAUCAUUUGUAAAUAAAAUAUAUAGGUCUGACUUGGAAACAGCAAGAUCUGGCUAAGUAUUUGGAAAAUGAUGAGAAUCUGGGACUUCAGUCAGAAAAUACAGAACCUGUAGAGUGAUGUUACCAUAUUUAUUUGUGUGUUCAUCUCUGGAUCCACGUAAAAAAAGCAUUGUUGGUUGAAAAUUUUGUG